GUUUUCUUUUUUUCUAGCUCUAGAGGACACCGCAAAAAAAAAAAAAAAAAAUGGGGGCGGGGCCGUUUCAUCCGUUGCUGGUGUGUAAAUACAGCUGAGCGCCAUCAGGCGGCACUUUCACGUCGAAGGAGGCGGGAUGGUUUCCCGCUGCUUUUCCCGCGCAAAUCCCGUUUCCGCCGUUUGAAGGAGGACCUGUUGCGGAUAGGAGAGAUGUCAAAGAAAAGAGGUCUGAGCGUUGAAGAGAAGAGAACUCGAAUGAUGGAAAUCUUUUUUGAAACAAAAGAUGUAUUCCAGUUAAAGGAUAUUGAGAAAAUUGCUUCGAAAGAAAAAGGAAUAACGUCUAUGUCAGUGAAGGAUAUCUUACAAAGCUUAGUUGAUGAUGGUAUGGUAGACACUGAUAGGAUUGGAACAUCAAAUUAUUUUUGGGCCUUCCCAAGUAAAGCAUUGCACACAAGAAAAUGUAAACUGGAAGAACUGCAGAAUCAGUUCUCAGACUAUUGUCAGAAGAAAAAGGAUUUAGAAGAAAGCAUUAAGCAAUCAAAAAUUGGGCGGCAAGAUACUGCAGAACGUGCAACACUAAUAAAGGAACUUAGCGCCUUACAACAGAAGAAAGACCAUCUAAAGACAGAAGUAGAUAAAUACAAAGAAUGUGAUCCAGAUAUUGUUGAAGAAAUCCGUCAAGCAAAUAAAAUAGCUAAGGAAGCAACCAACAGAUGGACUGAUAAUAUAUUUGCUGUAAAAGCUUGGGCUAAACGGAAGUUUGGAUUUGAAGACAGCAAAAUUGACAAAACAUUUGGUAUACCAGAAGAUUUUGACUAUAUUGAUUAAGAAUGUUUAAUAAAAAGGAUGCCAUAUAACUUAAUAUCGUUCAAGAUGCUUUCAUUUUAAAUUGUAUUUCACUCCUACUGUUACUAGUACUGUCGUUAAUAAAAUCUGAAAACCCUGAA